CCUGCGGAAUGCUGGGAGCUGGUCUCUGGAUGCGAUUUAAUUACUCCUACGACUAUGGGACGCUGGUUCCGCAACACAGUUACGCAUCGUCGGAUGUGGUGGUGCUCGCAACCGGAUGCGUCACCUUCGUCGUGGCCUUUUUCGGAUGCUGCGGCGCUUGGUUCCAGUCGCGAUGCUUACUGAUUACGUAUUUCAGUUUGGUCAUACUCGUCUUUUUGGCUGAAUUUAUGCUCGGCACAUUAGCAUUUGUUUUCAAAGAUCAAGUUGGAACAAACAUGAAGUCACAAUUACUUUAUGGAAUUACGGAGCACUAUACUGACGAAAAUAUGCACGAAAGUGGAACUUUCUCCAAUUUUUGGGAUUAUAUACAAACUAAUUUCCAGUGCUGUGGGGUCGAUAAAUACUACGACUGGUACAACAUUAAAGCUUGGCCAAAUGAAGAGCGCGUGCCGGACUCAUGCUGUCGCAAUCGCGAACGAUAUUGCGGCAAGCAGUACGAGAACGAGGACUUCCAGCAGAAUUGGUACAAGGAUGGCUGCGCGUACGCCAUCCAGAUGUGGCUGGUCCAGCGGCUGCAUUUCGUUGGCACCGUGGGUCUCGUUAUCGGCUUCCUCCAGCUGUUCGGCCUCAUCGCCAGCAUGAUAUUAUUCUGCACGGUCAGACACAAGCGAUCCACGCACACCUACAAAAGUUACGAUACCACGACGACCUAAACCAGGUCCGACUGAUGAGAACGCGGUAUAAUGUAUUAAUUGUCGCAUUUCGCAGCUCAUCGAUAGGAACAGCAAACGAGGGGACGUCGCACUCGGCCGCUUUUGGUUGAAGAAUAGUUACUAAAAUUUUGACGAAUGAUUGACGUGUAUCAUAACGAUGAUGACAAC